CAUCAUGAAAGCUAACAAACUUAUCAUCGCCCUGGGGAUAUUCGCUCCCGCGCGGGCUCUACUUCGCUUUGGAUGCGCCCAGCUUACGGUCCAACGUUUGGACCCACUGGUGAAUCCAGGUUCCAAUCCGUCCACACAUCUUCACCAGAUUAUCGGAGGUAACUCCUUCAAGGCGGACAUGAAUCCUGCAAGCCAUGAUCUUGUCAAAAAGUCCACAUGCACAAGCUGUCAGUUUACGGAAGACUUCUCUAACUACUGGACGGCCGUUCUGUACUUCAAGGCUCGCAAUGGUACCUAUAAACGGGUUCCUCAAAGGGCGCAGCAGGACGUCCAAGGUACUCAGGGUGGCAUGAUGGUCUACUACAUGUCGGACGCUCUUUUCGACCAAAAGCAGCCGUCCAACGUGACGGCUUUCAAACCCGGCUUCCGUAUGCUCACCGGCGAAGUCAGCAACACCAAUCGCGCCCAAGCCAAGGAGUUCCGGCAGUUGACUUAUAUCUGUAUGCAAAAUGAAGGAACCCGAGAGCCAGAGACACUGGAAUUUCCCACAAAGCCAUGCCCCGCUGGUAUCAUGGCCAACCAGAGGUUCCCAACAUGCUGGGAUGGCGUCAAUCUUGACUCACCCAACCACAGAGACCAUGUGGCAUAUCCUGAGGUAGGAACGUUCGAGUCUGGUGGCAAGUGCCCUGAUACGCACCCAAUUAAAAUCCCACAAAUCUUGCUUGAAACUGUAUGGGACACACGAUCUUUCAACAAAAAGGAAGAUUGGCCUGCGGAUGGCAGCCAGCCGUUUGUCUGGUCAAGCGGCGAUAAGACGGGUUACGCCAAUCACGCAGACUAUGUCUUUGGCUGGAAGGAUGAUUCUCUCCAGAGAGCUAUGGACGCUCAUACCUAUGUCUCUGCGCCAAUGCUUAAGACCCAGAGUAUUGCCAACCAAAACAAAUGCACUGUGAAGGAUAUGGUUGGAGAGAACUUUGACGGCUGGCUACCCAAGCUUCCAGGCGAUAUUGUCGUUUAA